GUGAGGGCCUUGAAAAGCCGCAUUCAGACAAGUUUGAUAAAGAGCACUCCAGUGUGUGACACCCAGGGCUCAGAGUCCAGGGCUUGGUUCUUGAGAGUGGCUCAGGAAAAGGGGAUUGAGGCAGCCCUGGCUCUGGUGACGUCCUCGGUCAAACAAGAUAAAAAGUCAAAAAGAGGCAUCGAUGAUAUUGAAAUCCAUGCCGUCUCUAUCAUUAACAAUGGGAAGGAACAAGAAGACAUGCAUGAUAAGACAUGCUACUUGAAUUUAUUCUUAUUUGUCUGUGGUAAAUUCUUAUUCUUAUUUUCCUUGGAAAAACACAAAAAUCUAUUGCAAAGAUUAUUCAAGGUUUCCACCCAAAAACCCUGUCUGAUAUGGCCUUCUCAUCGCUUGGUUUGAGUACAAUGAGUGCCAAGAUAGACCAACUUAAGCUCACUUUUUCCCUGUAGGGAAGGUUGUGAGUCAACUCUGCUAAAACUAUUGACAGUGGUGACAGCCCAAGUAAAGAGGACAAAAGUCUUGUGGGUGGAGACUCACGCGACAUGUUUUUUUGAGAUGGUGAGGUAUAUGGAAUUUUUUCUGCAUCUUUAUUCGAUUUUCACACUUUUGUACUUGAUUACAACCAUUCGAUAUUCCACUCUAUUAAAAUGGUUUGAAAC